AUGGGAUGUGAUGGUUUGGAAUCAGAGUCAAUUCAAGGGUUGCAGGUUGGGUCUGUGAAAAAAACUGGAAUAGGGUUAGAUGUGGAGGGUGUAGGAGGUAAAACUAGGGUUAAGAAUAUGGAUGGGGUGAAAAAGAAGUUGGGUUCUAAGCGAAAAUCAAUGCCCAUUUUUGUUGGGAUCAAUUCGAAUGACGAUGAGCCAAUAGGGUCGUUGCUUAAGUUGAAGAGCAAAAGGAAUGGUAAGAGAGUUAAGGUGGGAGUAGAUGGUGGUGGAAACAAGGGCAAAGAGGUUGAGGUUAGGUUUGAUGGACUGGUGGCAGAAGAUGAGGAUUUGGGAGGUAUGAAUGAUACAUUGGCUAAUUUUAAGAAGAAGUUGAAGGGACCCAAGAAGGACAGUGGGUCUGGGAUAAGCAUAGGAAGGAAUUUGGAUAUGAAUGUAGCGGAGCCAUCAGGUCAGUCUUUGAAUUGGCCUUUGAAGACUGUGGAGAAGAAUCAGGUUACUGUUGGUAAUGGAUCUGAUGGGGUUGUCAAUAAAGUGUUGGAGGAUAAGCGUAAAGGGAAUACUAAGAGAUCCAAGACUGCAUUGACUUCGAAGAAAACUGUGGCUGAUGCUGAGCUUGAUGUCGCUUUGGAUGGUGAGGAAGCCUCUAAUCACUAUUUGGAUGAAAAUUUAGAAGAUUCAUUGUCUUCCUUCCUUAGAAAAGCCCAAUCUGGUCUAAUUAGGAAUUGCAGUUCUGUGAAAUCAAAACAGAUAGGGGGAACUCAAGCUUCACGCAAUGGAUUGAGCCCAAGCUCUGAUACUGUUCCAGAGGUUCCUCUGCCAUUGUUUGAAAGGAGAUCUCUAUCUGGUUCAGAAUCGCUGACAAAAAUACCAGAAUCUGAUGGCAGCUUGUGUCCCGUCUCUGGCAGAUGGUCAAUAUAUUCAGCCUGUGAUCAGUCUAAGAUUGAGAUAUAUCCGAGGUCUAACGAUACAUUGUCUCAAUUUUCAAAAGGCAUAGAAGAGAGUGUAUUACCUGGUGCUCCAGGGCAGGAUCUUUCUUCUGCUCCAGUAAUCACUGACGAGGCUUUGAGAUCCAGUGGUAGCAUUUUAGGGGAUUCAGUUCCCAUUUCCUUACUUCAAAGAUCUGAAUCUGGUUUAAGGUCAUGUUCUAACAAAAUUACAGGAUUCCUUGAAGGUGAAAUACAUUGGCGAACUAAUGGGUGUCCAGAACAGAUGGAGCAAAUCAGUAAAUUCGAUGAGGCAGUGGGAACAGGAGGGCAUCAUGAUGAGUUGUAUCAACAGUCAAAGGAUAUUUUAACGAGCCACACUUCAAGUACAGAUCAGAGAAUUUGCUAUACCUUUGGAAAAGAAGUUCAGCAGCCUUGUCUCUAUAAUGAUAAAUUGAACCGGCCAUUGGAAGAUACAUCUCUGUGGACCAAUGCACGUAUUUCUGGUGAAUUUUUGGGUCCAUCAGCAUCCCCAUCUCAAAACUUAUCAGCAUGCAAUCAGAAGACGCGUGUGGCCAUAAAAUCUGAAGAUAGGCUUGAUGUGAACCAGAGUCAAUCAUCAUCUUCCAUUUUUGGUUCAUCUCAGAAGAAAGUUACAUCUUUUGACUGUGAUGGUCCAAAUGGAAUUAUAGGUACUUGCAUUGCAGAGCCUGAUUUUGCUUCAGUUUCUUUACAAAAGGAGGAUGCCUUGUUGUCUGGCAAUAUACGGUCUCCAGUUUUUCCAGGUGAAGUCCAUAAACAUGAAGAUUUUCUCCAAAUGGAACACCAGAAAUCAUUAGAGACUGGUGAUGACUCUAAUCAUUUAUCUGAACAGCCUCACAAUGAUUGUGUUUCUUCAAUUCAGAAGUAUAGCUCUAGUUUGCAGCAAAAUGAACCUCCUGGUGAUGUGUAUAGAGGUGCCCUUGUUCCAAGUAGUGACUAUAUUUCUGGAGAUGAAGAGGCUAAUGGAUCCUCUUCUCCAUCAAUUACGCCAGGCCAAACUGAAAGUUGUGCUGAAGUUACAGGAUAUGCGCCUAAUCCUAAAAGUAAAGACAAUAAGCUAUCAGCAGGCCAGCGGGCUGUGCGCGAGGCUAAAAAGCGUAGGAAUGGGGACAUGGCUUAUGAGGGGGACGUUGAUUGGGAGUUUUUUAUGCAUGAGCAAGGUUUUCUUCGACACCAUCAGGUAGGAGAUUGUGAGCAGUCCUUUAAGGCAAGAGGAAAGUUCAAUUCUCCUUCAGCUAUGACUUCAGAGGCUGAAAAUGGUGGGGCAGCCGCAGUGUCAGCUGGGCUGAGAGCUCGUGCAGUUGGUCCAGUUGAGAAGAUUAAAUUUAAAGAUGUAUUGAAGCGCAAGGGUGGGCUUCAUGAAUAUUUAGAGUGCAGGAAUCAUAUUAUAGGUCUUUGGAAUAAAGAUAUCAGUCGCAUUUUGCCUCUGUCAGAUUGUGGAGUCUCUGAUGUCCCUUUGGUUGAUGAACCACUGCGUGCUUCUCUAAUUCGGGAUGUGUACGCAUUUCUUGAUCAAUGUGGAUACAUAAAUAUUGGAGCUGCCUCUGAAAAGAGUAGAGCAGAAAAUGGCGCUAAGCAUGACUUAAAACUUCUAAAAAAGGAAAAUUUUGGGGAAAAAUCUGGGGCCCACAUUGCUGAUUCAGAUGAUGGAGUUUCCUUUAUCCUUGGGAGGGCUAAGAGUUCUGAGAUUUCCAUGGUGAGAAAGAAGGAUGUUGUAUUUGAUGAUGAAAACCGAGCAGCAAGAGCCAAAAUAGACUGCAGGCUUGUAGAUCCCCAGGCUUUGGAGUUAUCUACGCCCACCGAUGAUGAAGGAUGCCCAGUUGUUGCUUACCAGGAAAAUGGUUGCAUUGAUGCAAAACUGCCCAGCAGAAUUGUCGAUUUGGAUCUUUUGAGUUCAGUUCCUUCCAGUGAAGUAGAGAACAAUGGAACUAUCCCUGUCAUGUCAUUAGAUUCAAUUCCUUUGAUUGAAACAGAGGAGGGUGGAACCAUUCCUGCCGUACCUCCGAAGCUUCCAAAAUGUUCCUAUUGUGUUCAAUCUACCUCAUUUGACGAGGGGAAUAAUCAUAUGAAGUGUGAUUCAGAAGACAGAAGGAGAAUUAUUGUAGUUGGAGCUGGUCCUGCUGGCUUAACUGCAGCACGCCACUUGCAGCGCCAAGGUUUUUGUGUUACUGUGCUCGAGGCUCGGAGCAGAGUAGGGGGUCGUGUUUUUACGGAUCGUCAAACUCUUUCAGUUCCGGUGGAUCUUGGGGCUAGCAUUAUUACAGGUGUUGAGGCAGACGUGGCCACUGAAAGAAGACCAGAUCCUUCUUCACUGGUUUGUGCUCAAUUGGGUCUUGAGUUGACUGUGUUGAACAGUGACUGUCCUCUUUAUGAUUCUGUAAGCGGCCAGAAAAUUCCUGUAGAUCUGGAUGAAGCUUUGGAAGCAGAAUACAAUAGCCUACUUGAUGACAUGGUACUGCUUGUUGCUCAGAAGGGGGAACAUGCUAUGAACAUGUCUCUCGAGGAUGGUUUAGAAUAUGCCCUGAAGAGUCAUCGCAUGGUUCAAUCUGGAAGAAGUUGCAAGGAAAGUAAAAUGCAUACAUUACAAAAUGUUUUAGCAGAUUUUGAAAAUUUUAAUGUUGAUGGCAAAGUUCCCAAGGAUAAUUGUUCUAAAGCAGAGACCUUGAGUCCUCUUGAGAGGAGGGUCAUGGAUUGGCAUUUUGCCAACUUGGAGUAUGGUUGUGCUGCUUUGCUUAGAGAAGUUUCUCUUCCUUACUGGAAUCAGGAUGAUGUUUAUGGAGGUUUUGGAGGAGCUCAUUGUAUGAUUAAAGGGGGUUAUAGUGCUGUCGUUGAAUCACUGGGAGAAGGACUUUGCAUUCACUUGAACCAUGUUGUCACGAAUGUUUCGUAUUUCACAAAUGAUCAUGUAACAAAUGAUGACAAGUGUAACAAAGUCAAAGUCUGCACAUCAAAUGGCAGGGAGUUUUCAGGAGAUGCAGUCCUGAUCACAGUUCCACUUGGGUGCCUAAAAGCUGAAAGUAUCAAGUUUGCACCGCCAUUACCCCAAUGGAAAAAUUUGUCCAUCCAACGUCUCGGCUUUGGUGUUCUUAAUAAAAUAGUUUUGGAAUUUCCUAAGGUGUUUUGGGAUGAUUCCGUUGAUUACUUUGGUGCAACUGCUGAGGAGACGAACCAGAGGGGCCGCUGCUUCAUGUUCUGGAAUGUCAAAAAAACUGUUGGGGCACCUGUUCUUAUAGCCUUGGUUGUUGGUAAGGCAGCUAUAGAUGGCCAAAACAUGAGUGCUUCUGAUCAAGUAAACCAUGCCUUAAGGGUUCUUCGUAAACUUUUUGGAGAGGCUGCAGUUCCUAAUCCAAUUGCGUCUGUAGUGACUGACUGGGGAAGGGACCCAUACAGUUAUGGUGCUUACUCCUAUGUUGCUGUUGGGGCAUCUGGAGAAGACUAUGACAUAUUGGGUCGUCCCGUGGAGAACUGUUUAUUUUUUGCUGGUGAAGCUACCUGCAAGGAGCAUCCGGACACAGUUGGUGGCGCAAUGAUGAGUGGUCUUCGAGAGGCUGUGCGCAUAAUUGAUAUAUUGAGUACAGGAAGUGAUCUUAUGGAAGAAGUAGAGACCAUGGAGACUGCAAAGAGACAUUCUGACAGUGAAAGGAGUGAAGUUCGGGACAUUAUUAAGAGACUCGAUGCAGUAGAGCUCUCAAAUGUUCUGUAUAAGAACUCUUUGGAUGGGGUCCAUAUUUUGACCAGGGAAAGUUUGCUGCAGGAUAUUUUUUCUAGUGCAAAAACUACAGCUGGACGAUUGCAUCUGGCCAAAGAGUUGUUGAAUCUUCCUGUUGAAGUCUUGAAAUCCUUUGCUGGGACUAAAGAAGGGCUCUGCACUCUCAACUUAUGGAUGCUGGAUUCGAUGGGGAAGGAUGGGACUCAACUAUUGCGCCAUUGUGUUCGUCUCCUUGUACUUGUUUCAACCGAUCUCCUUGCAGUUCGUUUAUCAGGUAUCGGAAAAACUGUAAGAGAAAAAGUUUGUGUACAUACGAGCCGUGAUAUACGUGCCAUAGCAAGUCAGCUGGUUAGUGUGUGGAUUGAAAUAUUUCGCAAGGAGAAGGCUUCUAAUGGGGGCCUGAAGUUACUGAGGCAAUCAACAACCAUGGAUUCUUUAAAAAGCAAAUCUAACCUAGUUUCCGGGAAACCACCUCUACGCACACAUCAUGUUGCACCAGACAACAAAGGAAGUUCAAAGCUUUCUGCAUCUACGGGAAACCACUUGCUUCCCAAUGCAAACAUCAAGACAAUGAAUGCCAAGUCGGAAACAAAGACAGAUUGGAAACCAGAUGUUAAACCAUUAAGGUCUCAAGGUUCAUUAGAAAGAAAUGAUGCCAGGGGGGUUGAGAACCACAAUUUCACCAUGUCUGAAGAAGAUCAGGCUGCCUUUGCUGCUGCAGAAGCAGCCCGUGCUGCAGCUCUUGCAGCUGCUGAGGUUUGUUUAUCUUGGUGCUAUUAUUUUCCCUUUUUUGGCCAUAUUUCAGGACAAAAAGCUUUUCAAGGUUCAGUUUGA